AAACAAUGCACUAAUUGUUAUAUAUUUCUUGUUUUAAAGACACGACACGAGUUGCCCGAAGAGGCGAACAAAACGGAAAACAUUACUUCUUUGUGUCUCACGAAGAGAUGAUUGAAGAGAUCGCUUCAAAUCAGUAUCUCGAGUACGGGAGCCAUAAAGACGCUCUCUAUGGCACCAAAAUAGAUACAAUCCGUCAGAUCAUUGCAUCCAAUCGGACACCCAUUCUCGAUGUUGAACCACAGGCAUUGAAAGUAUUGCGAACUCGAGAAUUCAGUCCAUUUGUUGUAUACAUUGCGGCCCCGAAUGCCAUCAAUAUUGAAGACAGAGAUGGAAGUCUUCAGCGUCUGACCCGCGAAAGUCUAUUACUUCAAAACAUUUACAAACAUUUCUUUGACUUCUCUGUCAUUAACAACGAUAUCGAAGAGACCGUAAAACUG